AUGUUUAUCUAUCUAUCUAUCUAUUUCAUUAGGUUUUCUGUCUAUCUCACUAUGUUUAUCAAUUAUUACAAUCUAUCUAUCUAUCUAUCUAUCUAUCUAUCUAUCUAUAUCUAUCUGUCAUUUCCUAAUCAAUCUAUCUCAUUGUGUUCAAAUCUAUCUAUCUCACUGCUUUCUUUCUUUCUAACUCACUUCAUCUUCAUUAUCUAUCUAUCUAUCUAUCUAUCUAUCUAUCUAUCUAUCUAUCUAUCUAUCUAUCUAUCUAUCUAUCUAUCUAUCUAUCUAUCUAUCUAUCUCAGUCUGUUCAAUAUCUAUCUAUCUAUCUAUCUAUCUAUCUAUCUAUCUAUCUAUCUAUCUAUCUAUCGAUCUAUCUAUCUAUCUAUCUCAGUCUGUUCAUUAUCUAUCUAUCUAUCUAUCUAUCUAUCUAUCUAUCUAUCUAUCUAUCUAUCUCAGUCUGUUCAUAUCUAUCUAUCUAUCUAUCUAUCUAUCUAUCUAUCUAUCUAUCUUUAUAUCUCUCCCUAUCUAUCUAUCUAUCUAUCUAUCUAUCUAUCUAUCUAUCUAUCUAUCUAUCUAUCUAUUUCUGUUGAUAUAAUAAUUCUACGUCUAUAUUCUUUUUAUUCUUUCUUCAUCCGUAUUACCCUUCGAUCUUUCCCUCUUUUUCUUUCUACAUUUAUACUUUUUCUUUCUUUCUUUCUUUCUUUCUUUCUUUCUUUCUUUCUUUCUUUCUUAUCACUACUUAUUUUGUCAUUCUUUCUGGCCAGUCUUCCUUUCUUUCAUUCUUUCUUUGAGUCUGCAUCCAUAUUGUCGCUUAUUUCUUUCUUUCUUUCUUUCUGCAUCUAUAUUGUCGCUACUUUCUUUUAUUCUUUCUUUCUGCUUGCAUCCAUAAUGUCGCUUCUUUCUUUCUUUCUUUCUUUCUUUCUUUCUUUCUUUCUUUCUUUCUUUCUGCAUCCAUACUGUCGCUACUUACUUUCUUUCUUUCUUUCUUUCUUCUGUCUUUUUCUUUCUUUCUUUCCUGCCUUCAUCCAUAUUGUCACUUCUUUCUUUCUUUCUUUCUUUCUUUCUUUUCUUUCUUUCUUUCAUUUCUUUCUUUCUUGCCUUCAUCCAUUUCUUUUUCUUUCUUUCUUUCUUUCUUUCUUUCUUUCUUUCUUUCUUUCUUUCUUUCUUUCUGCCUGCCUUCAUCCAUAUUGUCACUUCUUUCUUUCUUUCUUUCUUUCUUUCUUUCUUUCUUUCUUUCUUUCUUUCUUUCUUUCUUUUCAUCCAUUUUCUUUUCUUUCUUUCUUUCUUUCUUUCUUUCUUUUUUUCUUUUCUUUCUUUCUUCCUGCCUUCAUCCAUAUUGUCACUUCUUUCUUUCUUUCUUUCUUUCUUUCUUCAUCCAUUUGUCUUUUCUUUCUUUUUCUUUCUUUCUUUCUUCAUCCAUAUUGUCACUUCUUUUCUUUCUUUCUUUCUUUCUUCGUCCAUAUUGUCGCUUCUUUCUUUCUUUCUUUCUUUCUUCAUCCAUAUUGUCGCUACUUUCUUUCUUUCUUUCUUUCUUUCUUCAUCCAUAUUGUCGCUACUUUAUUUCUUUCUUUCUUUCUUCGUCGAUAUUAUCGCUUCUUUUUUUCUUUCUUUCUUUUCUUCAUCCAUUUGUUUCUUUAUUUCUUUCUUUCUUUCUUCAUCCAUAUUAUCGCUUCUUUUUUUUUCUUUUUCUUUCUUUCAUUUCUUUCUUUCUUUCUUCUUUAUUGUUUCUUUCUUUUUUCUACUUUCUUUUCUUUCUUUCUUUCUUUCCUUCUUCUACAUCCUUCUUAUUUUUCGAUAUUGUGUCUUCCUUUCUUUCUUUCUUUCUUUCUUUCUUUCUUUCUUUCUUUUCUUUCUUUGCAUAUCUCAUUAUCGUUUAUAAUUCGUAAUUAUUUUUUCUUUCUUUCUUUCUUUCUUUUUCCUCUGUUCUUUCUUUCUUCCUUUCUUUCUUUGGAUGUUUUCUUCUUCUUUUCUCUGCUUUCCUUCUGUUUUGUGUUAUUUUCGUGUUUUCCGUCUUUUCUUUCUUUCUUUCUUUCUUUCUAUUUUCUGCGUGCCUUUUUAUCUUUUCCUUCCUUCCUUCCUUCCUUCCUUCAUUCAUUCAUUCCUUCCUUCAUUCUUUCAUCAGACUUUCUUUCUUUCGUUCUUUCUUUCUUCCUGUUAAUUUCCCGUGUACACUCUUAUCGAUACUCCAUUUUAAUUCCUACCGCUUUUUAUAAACAGUUUUCUUCAUUCAUUCAUUCAUUCUUGAUUUCUUUCGUUUUGUAUUUCUAUUUUCUGUGUGUAUCGUUACUUCUUUUUAAUACCUACUGCUUUCUUAUAGUAAGUUUUCUUUCCUUCCUUCCUUCCUUCCUUCCUUCCUUCCUUCCUUCCUUCCUCCUUGCUUUCUUUCGUUUUGUCGUUUGUUCUUUUUUUUUUAAUCUUAUAUAUACACCCUUAUCGAUACUUCAUUUUAAUUCCUACCUCUUUUUUAUUCCGGUUUCCUUCCUUCCUUCCUUCCUUCCUUCCUUCCUUCCUUCCUUCCUUCCUUCCUUCACUCUUGCUUUCUUUCGUUCUUUCUUUCUGUUAAUUUUCCAUUGUGUUUUCUUUCCUUCAUUUGUUUUUCUUUCUUUCUUUUCUUUCUUUCUUUCUUUCUUUCUUUCUUUCUUUCUUUCUUUCCAUAUACACCCUUAUCGAUACUUCAUUUUAAUUCCUACUGCUUUUUAUGCUCACGUUUCCUUCCUUCCGUCUUUCCUUCCUUCCUUCCUUUAUUCUUUACUUCUUCCCUUCUUUCCUUCCUUCAUUCUUUCCUUCCUUCUUUCUUUCCUUCUUUCCUUCCUUCCUUCCUUCAUUUAUUCUUUCCUUUCCUUCCUUCCUUCCUUCCUUCUUUCCUUCCUUCUUUCAAUCCUUCUUUCUUUCUUUCCUUCCUUUCCUUCCUUCCUUCCUUUGUUUGUUUGUUUGUUUCUUUCUUUCUUUUUUCCUUCCUUCCUUCCUUCCUUUCCUUCCUUGCUUCUGCCUUUCUUUCUUACCGACUCAUAA